GGCAAACCGCAAACAUAAUAAUACAACACAUUAAUCACAGAAUACAGAUUACAAUAGGUAGGUGCUAUAUAUACGUAUAUAGCAGGCAUCAGUGAAUACUGGAACUGGAUAGGUUUAUUUAAUCUUUAUUGUAUGUUUAUGCAUCGCGUUCGUCACUUCAGCAGUCAGUGUGCCCAAAUGAUCGUCACGGUUCUGUCUUGUAUUCCAUUGUAGCUCGUAAUUGCCAUUAUUAUUAGUGUUUUUUUAAUGAGACAUGAAUGUUUUUUGUUGUUCUUAUAAUAUGUCUAAAUAACUAAUAACCAUCAUUAGUUAUCUAGCUCGAACGAAUUAAUUAUCAAAAUACACAAUUAGUGUUAACCUUUGCACUCGCCGUCUUCAUUAUGAACGCUGUGAAAAGGAUUGUGUCAGUCGCGUAUCUAAUAAUAUUGGUCACAUUAGUUCAGAGUGAAAACUGUACAGUAAAGAAAACGUAUAAUGGAACUAUUACAAGAGAACGUCUAAUGACUUGCCCUUCAUCUGAAUCGGAUAAAGAUGCAAAAUUUUGUUGCUACGAUAAGUUUGAUAGCGUCGAUUGCUGCAAUGGUGCCGACCAUUUACGUCAUUUAAUUCUAAAAUUCAUGCCAGACCUGCUAAUAGUUCUGUUGAUAAUUGUUGGUCUGAUAUUGGCAUGUUGUGUUGUUUGUAUCUGUAUUCCAUGUUAUUGCAUCAUGAGCCGUCGUCGCCCGAUUUAUAAAGAUUCAAAUGAUAAUGCAAAUAUGGUUGCUGCCGUUUCUUUGCCCAAUGAAUCCGAAGAACAAAAUAUACCAAAAAAAGAAGUUACUCAUCAUUUGCCUCCAGGAGCUUAUCCUGUUUAUCCACAAUUCAUGGGAAUGCAACCAUUAAAAUCGACUGAAGUAAAUUGUUAAUUCACACAUCACAAUAACAAUAGCUGUUCUUAUAAAAAGCCAAAGCAUGUUAUUAUUAAUAUUAUAUUUAUUUGUGCCAUCAACUGAGUAACGAAGGUUUGUGAAUGACUAAAUUUUUUUCUUUUAUUCUUAUCUUUAAAUUUUCGACUUUUAUAGUCUGGCUAUCAAAAGAAUAUUAUUAUCUUAAAUAUUAAGUUACCUAGUUUUGAACUGAUUAUGGUUAGAAUUACUUUUCAUAUAUAAGCAUAAAAAUAAGACUUCAUGUGUUUGCCUUAAAAGAAUAUAUCAGCACAAUAUUUUGUAUAAAUGUUUAUGAUUUUAAUCAUAAAAUAUAUGAGUCAAUUAUAAAAUAAAUAUUUUGAAAAAAAAAUAGGAUUAUUUUUGUAUAUUUCAAUAAACUAUUUUUUUCUCAGGUUAAUUUUUGAUUCAUUAAAAUUAUAAUUUUUUUUUUUCAAAUUUCAAAUGUAUACCAUAAUUUAAAUAUUCUUAAUUGUUUUAUUUAAUAUGUAAUAAUUAGUUUUAGUUUUUUUUCGUUGUUCCUGAGUUUUGACGAUUUAUAUGAAAGAAAUAAAAAUCGCAAGGCUAUAAAUUUGUUUUGAUAUUAUUUGUUUUCUGCCUUAUUUGGUUUAUUUUGUUGGUUCCUUUUCUAAACAUUAUUUGUCAAAUACUGAAAUACCAAAUACGUAUUAACUGAAUUGUGAUGUUUUACAUGUGAUUAACUGUCAAAAUUAAUUUUGGUUUUAAAUGAACACUAUUUUUGUGUAUAUUUACAUAAAGACUAAGAUUAAUGUUUAUACUAAUAGUAAUAGUAAUUCAGUAUCGAAUUAAAAUGUAUUUUGUUUUGUAUUCAACACAAAAGUUGUAUGAUCUUAAAAUGUAUAUCUUAAUGUCUAAAUAACUUGUAAUUUAAUUAUUAUAAUAUGACACGUGUUCUGCUAUAAUUUUAUUUUUAAUAUUUUCCUUUUGAAUAUUAUAUGAACUAAGUUGAAAUUACUGUAUAAUCUGAUACUACCGUAUCGUUGAAUAAUCUCACUAAGGUUGUGUAUAAGAAAUUCUUAUUAAUUCAAUGUUCUUAUUUGAGUUCAAUAGUUGUUUUUUUUUUAAACUUAACAAACUUUUAUAUUUAAUCAAUAACUGAUAUAAUGAUUUUCAAUCAGAAUGUGUAUUUAAAUCUAGAAUGUUUUUUUUAUAUAGUAUAAAGCUAAAUAUUGUCUUAUAUCAUGUAACUUUUAACAAUCUACAAUGAUUAAAAUAAUUUAUAAUUCACAAUUUUACAAACAUUUUUUUAAAAGACUGGAUUUAUAUUACAUUCAUAUUUUGAAAUAAUAUAAAAAUAAUGUGAAAGUUGGAUUGAAUUUGAUCAUAUUUUUAUAGAAGUACUUUUUAUUACUUAAUAACGACUAUAGUUUUCUUAAUUAUUCCACAAUUUAUUUGUAGUUGAACUAUAUUUUAUUAUAACGCUUAUAUUUUGAUGUAAAAAGUUUUUACAAAUUGUUUGUACAGUCAAGCCAAUCGUACACAAACAUAAAAGUAAUACCAAUAGGUACAUUGUAUGUUUAGUUUUUAUUACUACCAAAAAUAUAAUUAAUCAAGAAUUUUAAAUCGACACGAAUUAUUAUUAUGCUUUUAUAAUAAUACCUAACUUGAUAUAACCUACUUAUUAUGUAUACAACUAUAUAAAUAUCACAUUUACAUCAUAAUUUUAAAAUUGUGCCUACAUAAAUUAAUAUUAUAUCUAUCUAUAAAUAAUUCUACUUGUGUAGAAAAAAAAAUAUUUGUAUACAACAUUAGUAAUUAGUUGUAAUAAAACAUUUAU